AUGGAUACCUUCAUCUCAGCCAGAAUGGGUUCUUCUUUGCAAACACCUCAACAGACAAGCCGGUUUCCGGAAAUGGCGGACAUUCUGUGUCGUAAGUAUAACAGUUUUUGAUGACCUUAGAAAAGUUUAAAACUUUAUUGUAAUAACUUGAUUAUUUGCAGAGUCAUUGUUGCCACGGACAAAGGCCAACUUCACUGAUGGAAUUGCCUUUUGUCGUGUUAUUAAUGAAAAUAAAACGCCUACAAAGCCUUGCGAUUUCCAGAGCCCGGAUGACUUUUAUUAUGUGACCCAAUAUAAGGAUAAGAACGGCGAUUCUGAUGUGCAGGAUAUCUACGAUUAUGCAGGCGGGAGUCAUCGAAAAACAGCUGUGGUUUUCAAACAUCGAGAAGUUCGGCGUGGAAUGUGAGUUUUGGGUAAACAGUGAGGGAGCUGAUCCAGUGGCAAAAAACGUGACAUUUUGCAUCCGGGAAGUAUCAAAAAUGUGGCAAAAUGCCUCCCUCUCCAACUAAAAAACUCCGUUUUGAACUGUUCACCCUUUCCCUCACAAAAAGAGUGGGCGCGCUUUUGAAAUCGGGGUUUUUUUCACUUGGAAAAUGAGGUGUUUUGCUGCAAAAUGGUACGUUUUUGACCAAUGGUUUAGGCCCGCCACUGUAGGUUGGAAAGAGAGAUUUUGAGUCACUUAUAGGGCAGUCAUACAAAAAUUCGAAAUCCCUGUGUUAGCCUUGUUAAUUUCUCGGUGGCCUUAGAAAACCCUAGUCUAAAAAAGUUUCAGAAAAUUGAAAUUAAAUUGACCUUGUCCAAAUCUUUAGCUUGCUCAACUAGAUCUCCUGUGACAAAUAUAUUCUCACCAAUUUCCCUUUCAGAUGGUGUUUAUAUUACCUCUCCGGUAAUCCUCGAGUUUCAAAGAAAGAUCUCAAAGUAAUCGACACUAAUUAUCAAUACACCCAAAAGGCACAUGGCGGUCUUUUUGUAAUCUCAUUUACUGGCAAGCACAACAGCCCAGAUGUUACAGUAUUCCAGUCAGUUCCCGAUAAUAAUGUCUCCAUCAUGUGGCAAGUCCCUCAAAUUAUUGUAAUGUCAAUCGGAGAAAUCUUGAUCGCCGUUACCGGGUUGGAAUUUUCAUAUCAAGAAGCGGCGCCGUCAAUGAAAUCUGUCGUCAGUAAGUGGUCGUAAUCAUCGUAUGACAGCUCCAAUUGCUGUAUUAUUGGAUAAUAAUAACAAUAUUGCCUCAGGUUACAAUAUUACUUUAGGUUCCCUCUUCCUCCUAACCAACGCCAUUGGAGAUUUGUUGCUGAUUGGGAUUACAAAAAUCUCAUUCUCCAGGAACAUGGCUGUUUAUUUCUUCUUGUUCUGUGGCCUGAUGACGGUGACCAUGGUAGUCUUUACUCUUCUGUCAAUAUUUUACUAUGAAUACAAGAAAGAUGAAGAGAGUUUUGUUGAUGAGAUAGACAUGGAAGAUGAAGAUGACUUUACAAUGACGAGUUUAAAAGAUGAACUUACUAAUAGUAAUAAACCUAGAAAAUGA